AACCCCACCAAUCACAGCACAGAUGUGUUCACUUCCUGUUUCUGUGAGAGAGAAGCAUGCAGUGCCAGUGAGAGUGAGGUGAGCAAAAGGCUGAAUUACUAGAACAAGCUGUAGCGCAAUCACUGUGGGUCUACUGAGUUUAUGAGAAGUGAAGAAAAGCUGUGUGUGAGCUUGAACAGACGGUAACUUUUUGGCUCCUGUUUAAUAAAGUGCUGGAGGGGGAAAGUAAAAGGAAAACAGAAACAGAAGGAGGGGAGGAAGAUAAGUGUCAAUCUGUUCAAACUUGUUUGGGAAUUUGAGAAGGGCGGGAGGAGGGGACGAGAGAGAGGGAAACAGAGAAAGAGAAAGAGGAACACUGUGAGAAUCUUUUUACUUAGCUGAAAACUAUUUUUACUUACAUUAACACAUUAAGUAGGACAGAGGCAGGCUGGAUAAUUAAAUCAGUGUUUUCAGUAGAGCAUUUAUCUCACUCAACUUUGGUUCUCUCAAUGUGCAAACACUGAUAUGUGGAAUGUCUGAGAGUUGUGCAAUUCCUGCUAGCUUCACUUUGUCAAUAAAGCAAAGAAAAAAUUGGAGAGAGACAGAGAAGCGUCCCCCAAGACACUUCUCAGGUUCUCUAUGUUGCCAUGGAAACCAGUCGAAUUAAUUGGGCCAUCCAAUACACUGUGCAGAUACAGUCCUCUUAAAGUGCACUAGACAGGUUGUCAAUCAAGUGCAAACUGUUACCUUGAGGUAAUUGGCGAAGGGGACCUAGGUGAAGAAGAGACUUGGAAACACCAAAAGAUGGACAGAACAAGAGAAAAAGAAGUGGAACCAGACUCAUGUGAUGGGAUUAGGGAGAGGGAGAGAUUUCCUGCAACCAGAAGAAGAGAUGGAGAGGUGGACUGGAAAGAGAGACAGAGGUGGAGAAAUAGAGAUCGACAUGCAAAUGGAAGCUCAUCAGUGUCAGAGCAGGCUGAAUAUGGAGAUCGAAACAAUGAGAGGAGAAAAGGGGACACUUUUCCAAUGAUGACAAAACCAACCAGAGUGAGAGACAGAAGGAUACCAAUUCCAGAUUAUGAAAGAGAACGUCACAUGGGAAGACCGAAGGACAUACUGUAUAAAAAUGAAAGAGAUAAGGAAAGGAAGAGAUACAGAGACAUGGACAUGCAGGCUGAAAGAGAAAUUGCAAGAUACAGGGAGGAGUUGAGGAGAAUAGAAAUGAGAAGGCUUGUAAAGAAGGAGCCAGAUAGACAGAGGGAACGAGAGAAGGAGUUUGACUCCGAAAUGAGAGGAAGAAGGAGAGAAAGUUAUCCAGGGGUCAAUGACCUUUCAGGCAUGAGGGAAAGAGAGACAGACAGAGACAGACAUCAACAAAGAGACCGAGAGGGCAGAUAUUAUCCUCAACUCAUGGAAAGAGAGACAGAGAGCUUUUCAGAUAGGGAAAGGAGAACUGAUAGACAGAGAGAGGGAGAGAGAUCUAGGAAAAGAGAUACAAAAAGCGAAGGAGACCGUGAUGGAGACAGGGGUAAGGAAAGGAAGAGAGAAGAAGAUGCUAAACAUAGACACAAACUCUACAAGAGUGAAGGAGACAGUGACGCAGAGCGAAGGAUAGACAGAGUUAGAGAGAGAGACAGACGUAGAGAGAGAGAAGCCAAGAGAUGGCGAGACAUGGCAAUGCCUAGAGAAAGAGAUUACCGGGAGAAAGGUUAUCAUGAUCCAAAAGGGGACAAUUUGGAACGACUCGGAGAGACAGAUAAACCAAGAGACAGAACAAGAGACUCCAAAGAGAAAAGAACAGACAGAGAUGCUUACUUAUACACAGCUGAAAGAGAAAGGUAUAGAGAUGGAGAAAGGAUAAGAGAGAGGGAUAGGUAUUCUGAAAGAGAGACUGAUGAGAGGGAGAGGCGGAGGAAAGAAAACAGAGAGACAGGGAGAAGUAAGGUGGAGAAGAGUGGACAAAGUAGUGGAGAGCUGAUUUCAGGAACUGAUAUUGAGAUUGAACAAAGGAGGGCAAUGAGAGAGAACCUUGAGGACAGAGACAGAGAAAACACAUAUGAGACUGAUAACGAAAGAUUGAAGGGAAGAACAGAGGAAGAGCAGGAAGUAAGGAGUACACUGAGAGAAGAAGAGAAGAGUGAAAGCUUUGCUGCUGAGGAAGCAGUUACAAAGAAACCUAAAAACAGGAUAAGGAAAAUGUGGCUGGAACCUCGUAGUGAGAGAAAAGAAUCUUGUUUAAAAGAGGAGUACUCAGAGAGAGAGCGAGCAAGAGAGAGGUACAUCCAAAGAUACACAGAAAGCAUGACAACUGGAAAUGAAGAAGAGCCUGAGAUAAGGAAAGCAAGCAAGAGCAAAAGUCUUGAGGACAAGUAUAGAGAACUUGAGAGGGCCGGGGAGUUCUUGUUGGAUGUGGGCAGAAAAAGGGUGGAGAAGAGGAUGGAAGGGGACAUGGCUUCUGAUAAAGCCAUGGAACCAGAGUGGCAGAUGAACAGAGAGAAUGUGGCCGACAACAUGGAAGAGAAUGUCAGAGAUGAACAGAGAAGCAAUGAGGAAGGAAGUGAGGGAGAGUCAGAAGCAGAGAAGAACAGAAUGAUGGCAGCAGAUGAUGGAUUUGUAACGGUUUCCAGUGGAGGGGAUGAUGCAGAGGAAGAGGAUUUUGAAGACUGCAAAGAAUUCUGGGAAGGUAAAGUUCCCGAAACGGUCUCUGGACACUCAGGAACUAUUCAUGACAGAGAGAUUGGGGCAGAUGAAGAACUGGAAAACCAAACAGUGAAUGAAAGAGCAGACUGUGUGGCUCCAAAAGGACCCCUAAGAGUCUUUUGUGUGAUUGGUCAGACCCUUCCCAAUUCACAAACAAUAGAGAAUUCAAGUAUACAUCCUACUGUUGAAGAGGCAGCCGAUCAGCAUCCAGGUCAUAACAUGGACAACCAAGGUGAAAUAAGCACUGUAAAUGUAAAUGAAGCAUUUGAAAGGGUUGAACACUGUGAACAGGACAUUGAAAGAGUGAUGGACGACCUCAGUCUUUCUCCUAAUGAGGACAAAGUGGAGGGUGCAGGAAGUAAUGACCAGGCAACAGAGGGUGUAACAUCACUGGAAGGUCAAAUGAUUCCUCCCAGUGAGCAAACCGAACAAGACAACCAACUUUUCCUACCAGAGCCUUUUGAAACUUCAGGGCCAUGCAAGGAUAAUGGUCAUGGGGCUACAGAGACUCGUAGUGAAGACACAAUAGAAAGAGGAGAAAAAGAACCUACCGGAGACACAGUGGAGCAUUUUGGUUCAGAUGACUCAUGGAGCACAUCAGAGGAACGAAAGCGAUGCUCUACUGCCCCUUACCUUAGAUGGGCCAAGAACGUGCUGAGAGAGAUCUUGGGUCCAAAGUCGGCGGACGCAGAAAAUACAAGAGGUAGUGUGACACACAUAGAUACGCAAACCAAUACACAAACAGAGGGUGAGAGAGAAAUGGACAAAUUAAGGAAAGAGGAAGAAAUAAUAGAGGGAGGAGAAGAACAACAGGGAGGGAUGGAGAGAGAGUUGAAUGAGAAACAUGACUGGCUGGAUCCUAGUUCUAACCAGCACAUGGUUUCCUCAGAAGGAGAGGCAGAGGGGAUGGUAGAAGAAGUAUCUAAGAAAAAAGAUAGUAUUGAGGAAGUUGUUCUAAGCUCUAGUAGUUUUCGAGAUUUGGGGAAUGAGGCUCGCAUGAGGAGGCGAGGGUUCCGAAAGUUAGUGGAGAAUACCAAAGAAGAGGAAGAUGAUGAAGAAGAGGGAGAAGGAGUUGGAAGGGACCGAAGGACAAGAAUAUUCAACAACUCAGAUGAUAAAGAGGAUGAAUUAUGUUUUACCUGGAGUGAAAUGGAUCUAAGGAAACUUGGGAGGACAAGAAAGAGGAAUUCUAAAUUCUUUAACUCUCAGUUGUAUCAGGAAUACAGUGACGUGGUCCAGAAUAGAGAGAUCCUGCUGUCUCAUUCUGAUUCUCUAUCAAUAAGUGCAUCUUCCUCUCCAAAUCAGUCGCCUAAGCUAUCAAGCAGACCUCUCCCGCCUCUCCCUCAGGUCCUCCUACACCCCCACACUCUGUCCAAAACCAACUCCUUUAAAAGUCUUAAUGUGCCUCAGCAAUCCAUAAACAGACCCUCGUCCCCUCGCCUGUCCAUCUCUGCUUCCUCAACCACACUGUGGCAGGAUCUCCCUGGAGUGAGGAAAAGCCCAGAGUUGGAGGAACUUACUGAGGAUGAGAGGCGUCUGCAGGAGGUGAGGUUUGAGGUCGUGACCUCUGAGGCAUCAUACUGCCGCAGUUUGGACAUCGUAGUGGAGAACUUUGUCAUGUCCAAACAGCUCAACGUUAUCCUGUCUUCACAAGACAAAAACUGGCUGUUCUCCAGGCUAAAUGAUGUUAGAGCCAUCAGUCACAGUUUUCUGUCUCAGCUGGAAGAAGCAGUGGAGAACGACAUAAUGCGCUUUACUGUCUGUGACACCAUUAUCAAACACUGUCCACGAUUCAAAAAUGUGUAUGUGCCAUACCUUACCAACCAAUCAUAUCAGGACAAGACGUAUCAAAGAUUAAUGCAGGAGAGUCAUGAAUUCCGUAGAGUUGUGGAAAAGUUAGAGCGUAACCCUGUUUGUCAACGACUGCCUCUACGGUCUUUCCUCAUUCUGCCAUUUCAAAGAAUCACACGCCUCAAAUUGCUUGUGCAGAAUAUUGUAAAGAGAACUGCUCCAAAAACCAAGGAUGAAGCACAGGCCAUUAAGGCAAUGAAACUACUUGAGAAGAUGAUCCAGGACAGUAAUGAAAGUAUCUCUCAAAUGAAGAACAUUGAGUCACUUGUGACCCUCAAUGCCAAAGUUGACUUUGAGUGCAGGACUCUUCCAUUGAUCAGUCAGUCCCGCAGACUGGUACGAGAGGGACCUGUGACUGAACUGAGAGACUUUUCUCUAAAAGACAGGGAAGAAGAGAGAAAUGUUUAUAUGCACCUUUUCAAUGACUAUCUCCUGGUCUCUUUGCGGAAAGAAGGGGGUAGGUUUACAGUUAUCGACCAUGCACCUGUGUCAGAGCUGCGGGUUGAGAACUGCAAGUUCAAACUGCAUUCCUUACAAAAAAACCUGUUCCAUCUGCACAUACCGCAAAAAGCCCUGCUCUUGCGGACAGAUACACAAGCCAAUAAACUGCGCUGGAUAUCAGCACUCUCUCGACCUUAUCCCGAGAUUGACUUCAGUGCAGUUCAGGACUUUUCACAAAUGCAGUGCAUCAGAGCCUUUGUUGCCCAGCAACCAGAUGAGCUAAGUUUAGAGAAAGCUGAUGUUCUAUUAGUUCACCAGCAGAGUAGGGAUGGCUGGGUGGAAGGAACUCGUCUGUCAGACAGACAACGUGGUUGGGCCCCCGAGUCUCACCUGGAGACAAUAGUCAGCGGCAAAGCAAGAAAGCGCAACCUGCUGGACACCAUGAAAAUUGCUACAGCUGCAAUGUGAAGCGAUAUGUGAAUCCUUCAAGGUUCUCAGGGGGACUUUUUCUACCACUAUUUUUUAGUAUUACUUUAAAGUCUUAUGCAAAAAGACCUUCAAGAACUUCAAGGGUUUAUGUCUUAACUUCGUGGGAAGUUUCUAUUUAUAUUGUGUAUACACUUAAGCUGAUAAGGGUGAUGUGGAUGUUAUGGCCUCACCCAUGUCAGGGUACUACUCCACACCCUGCUAAAGGGUUUGGUAAGAUGCUGAAUUAAGGCAACUGAACUCCUUCGAUAUCCCAUGGACAUCUAUGGACCUUGCAAAUUGCGCAAAUACAGCCAUAAGCUUCUAUGCAGCUUCCAUAGUUUUUAUAUAAGACUAUCUUAUGAAUUGGAAGUGGGGAGUCACUCCUGGGCAGAAGUUUGGACUACAGUUUUUUGUCCUCAUUAUGAGCAAGCCGUCUCACUGAGGAACCACAACAGCUGGAUAUAAGACACCUGCACCAAAACUACUUGUUCUCUGUUAUAUAUAAACAUCAGAUCCCCUUCAGUGUGGAAUAUAAAUGCUGUCAGACUGCAGCCUCUUGGGAAUUCCGUUUGAAGAGAAGAUUUUGUUGUGUACCAGGACACAUGAUGCAAAAGGACAAAAUUAUUACUAAUUGUGAAAAACGGUGGACUUUAAAAGUGCAAAUUUUAUUUAGGAUCAUGAAUUAUGGAUGGCUACUUUUUAAGACCAGAAAGUGUACAAUACCCAAGGUUGUCUACAAUGUACAUAAUAUAGGUUUUUAACAUAAAAGCUAAAAGUAUUGUUUUCAUGGAAUAAUUCCAUCUCUGCUUAGCAUAUAACUGUAAUGUGCCUUAAAAAUAAACAGAUAAUUUGUUUCCUGAAAGUACAUUUCAUGGUUUAGCAGGUGGGGUUUUUAGUCUUAUCAAGUGCACUUUUAUUAUAGGAAUUAUGGGAAGGCCAUUAGGUAGCAAGACCUUAAAAAAGAAGAAUCAAAAUGAAAGAGUAAAGUGGCACAGGAUUCAGUAGGAAAUCAAAUGCUUUAGUGUGAUUUACAAUACGAAGAAUCAAUUAACAUUUCAUAAAUGUUUCUUUCAGUAUGACAAAAAAAAGACCAGACUAUAAACAGCUUCUUGGCUAUAUGGAAAUAAAAAAAAUAUGACAGUGGAAAAUGGUUUUGUGAUCAACUAAACUGUACUUGAAAUAUCCACAAAUGAUUGGUUCCUGAGGUGAAACUGAAAUCUACUUGAGCCCUGACCCGUAAUCAAUAGUAGCAGACAGGAAAAUUACAUUAAAAGGUACAAGAUAAUGCAAAUAUGGUAACACAUCACAAUUAGACUCAAUUUGUUAACAUUAGUUAAUGUAUUAGG